AAAAUGGUCACUUGCAACUCUGCUGAACACGUAUAAUUAUACAAAUUACAAGGUGCAACUGGGAAUCUCUUCGUAUAGGUCUACCUCUACAAGACGUUUUCAUCUUUAGAGCUGGUGAAUUGAGUGAUAAUAGAUAAGAUGGCGGAAGCAAAUUUUUCUCGUGUUCGCAGUAAUUCUUUAAGUGUUUUAAGUGAUUCUUUUAAGUGGAGUGGAAAUUCGAAUUCCGAUGAUAACUUCACGCGAUUAACUCCUACUGUAAGACACUUAGAUACUCCAACUAUUGAUACAUCAUCUGAAGAGAUCUACGUUGAAUUAAUACCUAUACGUAGAAGACAAUCCGUUCGUGACGAAAAUGAUAUUGAAGUACCGAUAUUUCAGAGCAGUCAGUGUGUCGAUUCGGGAAUUUACAGGGGAAUUCCUUCUGUCGAUACAGUGGACGACGGCAGUAUUUCUCGUGUAGAAAAAUGUUUAAAUUUCGUUAACACCAUCGACAGCAACCGAAAAAAAUUCACAGUUAUUGGCUUUAUUGUUGCCUUAGCCAUUUUUAUUACAUUGGCUUAUUUAUUUUCUCCAAAGCGUGAUCCUAGAAUCUUAAAAUCUUAUACGAUGACUGCUGUCUUUGCUGCUACGGUUAUCCUCACCAGUGUUGUAAUCAUUGCUUGCGGUGUGUAUUGUUUAUCGUAUAUUGGUGAGAAAAUCUGUAAAUAUUUAAGAAACAGAAAUACGGCUGAACAAGUAAACGAAGAACCAUAACAAUUCAAGAGAAAACAAGUUUUAAACCAAGAGUUUUUAAAAGUGUAUCUGUCAGUCUUUAUGAUACAGAUUUGUUUUCUAUUGUUGUAAUGAUACUGAACUUGAUUAUUCCUCUUAACUUUCCUUCAUUUAAAGGAAGUUUUUCCUAUAAUUUUAGAUAAAUUUAUAUUAUUAUUCUCUUUUAAUUUGUAAAAUUCGCAAUUAACAUAAUAUUUACUUAUUGUAUUGUAUUUUUGUAUUGUAAAUUAAAGUGUUUUUGCACGUUUGCUUUGUUUCUUCAAUCGGGAUUUUAUGAACAAUUCUGUGAAAAAUAAUUGUAAAAAUGACAAAAUUUUAUAACAAAUGAUUAAUUAGGACUUAUUUCGAAUAAAGUGAUAUAGAACGAAAAUACCAA